ACAACCUUGAACUUUGCCCGGGAAGCGCACGAUAUCGCCGGCCGCUGCGAAACUCGCCGCCAGCCAUCGAGCGCCGAGUCACGCUUUGACCCCACAAGAUGGCCGCCGGGAAAGCUUGCGUUCUGUCCAUGCUGGAGGCGACGCUGGCCGUCCUCUUCGUGGUCAUGACGGCCGUCAGCGUUGCUCUCAUCGCCAUGACGGCAACGCGCACCGCAACCACCUGUCCUGCCCCGACUCCUCCUCCCAGUCCAGAACCAACAUUCCGGAUUGGAGUCGGACGCGCCGACUGCACCGGACCGCCCGCCGAACUCCCCCUGAUGGGCUACGCCAACCCUCAGCAGACGGCUGCGGGCAUUCACACCCGUUUGUUCAGUCGCGCCUUCAUCAUCGACGACGGCCGCCGUCGGGUCGUCUUUGUCGCCGUGGACGUGGGAAUGGUCUCGCAGAGGUUGAGGCUGGAGGUCCUAAAGGCCCUGCAGGUGAAAUACGGCAACCAGUACCGGCAGGACAACGUGGUCCUGAGCGGCACGCACACGCACUCGGGCCCGGCCGGCUACUUCCAGUACACGCUCUUCAUGAUGAGCAGCAAAGGCUACCUCAAGGCGUCCAUCCAACCGUUGGUCAAAGGCAUCGUCAAAAGUAUAGACCGAGCCCACGACACCGUGCGGCCAGGGCGGAUCUACAAAAACCGAGGGCGCGUGGACGCCAGCAGCGUCAACCGAAGUCCUCACUCCUACCGGAACAACCCGCAGGACGAGCGAAACAGGUAUGAAGACGACGUGGACAGGGACAUUGUGCUCGUCAAGUUCACCGACGCGGACGGAGACGGCAUCGGCAUGCUCAGCUGGUUCGCCGUGCACGCGGUCAGCAUGAAGACGACCAAUCGUCUGGUGAGCAGCGACAACCUGGGCUACGCCGCCUACCUGAUGGAGAACCACAAGAACCCCGCAGCGCUACCGGGACAGGGAGCUUUCGUGGCUGCUUUCUCCUCCAGUAACCUCGGCGACGUGAGUCCAAACAUCGAAGGUCCUCACUGUGUUAACUCUGGAUUAGCCUGCGACUACUUGAACAGCUCGUGUCCUGACGGAGGGACUAAAGAGUGUCAAGCGUUUGGACCCGGAGAGGACAUGUUUGACAGCACCAGAAUCAUCGGACACAACAUCUUCAAGAAGGCUAGGGAACUUUACGCCGAUGCGGUUGAGGAAGUGACGGGCUUCAUUCAUUCAGCUCAUCAGUGGGUCAACAUGACGGACGUCGCGGUUUACGUCAAUGAUACGCACGCGGUGAGCACGUGCAAGCCGGCGCUGGGUCACAGUUUUGCAGCGGGCACCACAGACGGAGGAGGAGACCUCAACUUCACUCAAGGGGCGGUGGAGGGCGACCCGUUUUGGGACGGCAUCCGCGACACCCUCCUGGGCCGGCCGUCCAAUCAGACGCAGGAAUGUCACCGGCCCAAACCGAUACUGUUCAGCACGGGAGAGAUGAACUGGCCGUUGCCAUGGCACCCGGAAAUCAUUGACGUGCAGAUCGUCACCGUCGGAUCCGUCGCGGUUGUCGCUGUUCCCGGGGAGAUGACCACCAUGGCGGGCAGAAGGUUGAGAGAAGCUGUACAGCAGGCACUUCAGUCGAACGGAGAAUUCUCGGGCGUGGAUGUGGUGAUUGCAGGCCUAAGCAAUGUGUACACGCACUACAUAAGCACAUAUGAGGAGUACCAGGUUCAGAGGUACGAGGGCGCCUCAACCAUCUACGGCCCGCACACGCUUAGCGCGUACAACCUGAAAUUCGGCGACUUGGCGCGCGCCAUCGCUCGGGACCAAGUUGGGUCGCUCCCACCCGGUCCGCCGCCUCCGUUCUUUCAGAAGAAUCUUUUCAACCUGAUGGCCGCAGCGGCGAUUGACAGGAAACCGGUCAACAGCAGCUUUGGAGACGUCCUGGAGCAGGUACUUCCCAUCUACAGACAGGGUGACGUGGUGUCCGUCACCUUUGUGGCAGGAAACCCCAGACACUCGGGAGACGUGAGAGACCAAAACUUUGUGGCCGUGGAGAUGCACGACAACGACAGCGACACCUGGACGCUGGUCCACAGCGACGCGUCGUGGGAGACCAGGUUCAGCUGGCUGAAAGGCUCCGAUCGGCAGAGCAACGCCACGGUGGAGUGGCACAUCCCGACAAACGCCGCCGCAGCGUCCUACAGGAUCAAACACUUUGGACACUACAAGAGCAUGAAAGGCCUGCGACCGGUCAUCACGCCCUACCAGGGCACGUCCGACGUCUUUCGGGUCAUCAGUACUUUUUACUCCUCGUGAGCACUUACGUCUUGUCCUCUUUGGAUGCAGCAAUUCCGACUCUUCAUGCCAAUUAAAUCACUUUGGAAGCAAUCACGCCAGCAUGCUUGUU